AGAGCAAAAUUUUCCCUAAAUGUGAUUCUACCGCGAGAAAUGGUUAAGUACUCUAGCCUACCUGUUUACAUAAAGUCGCGAUUAUGAUUUUUUACAUUUGAAUAACAGUUUGAAUUUUCAGAAAAAUGCAAUGUCUUAUCGCGCAGGUAGUAAAUCUUGCAUUUGAAAUGUCCAUUUAUAAAUUUUUACAUCUGUGUUUCAUUGGAAAAUCUGUUUCUGUAUGUAAAUUGUAAAGUGUGUUUAGAAAUUUUAUUUGAGCAUAGUUUACACAGUAGUUCUCAAGUUUCCGUCGUGUGCAGAAGUAAAAUACCUUAGAAAAUGGCACCCAGAGAUAAAGUCGAGUAUGUUUUAUUGCGUUUAACGUUUUUGCCUUUCAUUGAUCCAUUAUAUCCACAAAUGUCAAUUAACCGCAGGAAGCAUUCUCCAAGUACAUCAAUAACCCAAGUGCGAGAUUGGUUCGAUCGUGUAAUGUCUUAUGAAAAAUCGAAGCUACCAGUCAACACACACCUACGAUAUACUGAGUGGCGUAUUCUAACCGGCAAUCCGAAUGACUUUAUUGUCGAAGGAGGCUGUAAAUUCGACAAAGCCAUAAUACUUGUGGGUGAAGAAAAUGCAUACUGGGUUUUCUAUCACAAUUUUCCGACUCAUCGGCGCUAUGAGGGUAAUGGCAAAAUAAAUGUUAAUUUUUGCAGUUGCUGUAUGCCAAAGCAUUAUGAAAAAAUUAUUGAUUAUGUGAAAAAAACAAUUAGCAAAGCACGACGUCCAGCAUAAAAAUGGUAACAUAUCUUGUUGCUGCCUGCCAUAGUAUUUUAUAAAAAUUAUGGAUUCUGUGAGAA